AUGUUGAGUCCUUCCGACGAACGUUGGAUAAUUGGAAAACUGUUUAACCUAAAUGCCGAUGCAUUGAAUAAUACCAAAAAAGCUCAAACGGAUAUUUUGUUCUUUAAUCGGGUGCCCAAAACGGGCAGUGUACAAAUGAUAAAUCUCUUGAAAAAAUUGGGUAAACUACAUGAAUUCGAUGUUGAAGUUGAUCCACAACAGGGCGGUAUACGCACCGUACUCGAAGAGGAUGACAUCGAAAAUCAAAUUGAUAAUAUCAAUAAUUUAGACGAGAGCACGGUGUUUGUUAGUCAUGUGAAUUAUAUAAAUUUUACCGAUUAUGAUGCGGAACGUCCCAUUUAUAUGAAUAUGGUUCGAGAUCCGGUAGAGCGUGUUAUUAGCUGGUAUUAUUAUGUACGUUCACCAUGGAUUUUUGUACCGAAAAGGCGUCAAAGUAAUCGUCCCAUGCCAAAUCCAAAAUGGGCAAAUACCGAAUUUGAUCAGUGUGUAUUGAGCAAGGAUAAGGCGUGCACCUACAUUGAAGGAUCUGAAUUUGAGAGGGCCGGUGAUCAUAGAAGGCAAACAUUGUUUUUCUGCGGUCAUAAUGAGCAUAAAUGCAUGCCCUUCAAUACACGUUUACCCUUGGAAAUUGCCAAACGUAAUGUGGAGCAAGAAUAUGCUGUGGUCGGCACCUGGGAGGAUACCAAUGUUACUCUAACGGUCUUGGAAAAUUAUAUACCACGUUAUUUUAAGGGGGCCUCGAAAAUGUAUUAUAUGGACUUGGCCAAUGACCACAAAAACAGUAAUCCCAUGAAACCGCAUAUUAGUGAAGAAAUUAAGAAUAUGGUCCGCCGUAAUUUUACUCGAGAAAUUGAAUUCUAUCAAUUUUGCCGCCAACGCCUACACAAACAGUAUUUUGCCUUGAAACAAAAGGAAUUGCGUGAUAUCGAAGAAAAGGAAAAUGAAAAGAAAUUGACAUUCCUCAAUAAGGCCUUAUUGAGAUUAAAUUAG